CCAAACUACACCUGUAUGAGAGAAAGAAAGUCUGUGGCAGUACUUACAGGAAUAUCAGGAACAACAUCGGCCACAGUAGGGACACUGCUGGAACUCUACAGAUUUCCACAGCUUACCUUUGGGGCUUUUGAUCUUAUCCUGAGUGAUUCCAGCAAAUUUCCUUCUCUUUAUCAGAUGGCCCCAAAGGACACAACUCUAGCCAUUGCCAUAGUGUCCUUACUGCUUCAUUUCAGCUGGAACUGGGUGGGGCUGCUCAUAUCACAAGAUGGGAAUGGUUUGUGGAUUCUUCCAGAAUUGAGAGAAGAGAUGUCCAAGAACAGAGUCUGCAUAGCCUUUGAGGAAGUGGUGCCAGUCCGCACCUUGUCAGAGAUAUCGAGAUUGAUGGUAAUAUAUAAUGAGAUUAAUAAGUCAUCAGCAAAUGUUUCCAUCAUUUAUGGUGAUAAUGAAUCCCUACUUGAGUUAAUGUUGUAUUUUGAGCAAUUUUUAAUAACAGGAAAAGUUUGUAUCAUAAACUCCUCGUGGGAUUUAACUAUGAGAAGCAGAUAUUUCAUACUUGGCUCAUUCCAUGUACCUCUCAUAUUUUCACACCACUUUGCACACAUUGCUGGGUUCACAGAUUUUAUAAGGGCAGUUAACCCUUCCAAAUACCCAGAGGACUUUUACCUUGCUAGGUUUUGGUUUCUGUCUUUUAACUGCUCACAGAAUGAAUCUGAGUGUGUAACCUGGGUGAACUGUCCAUAUGAUGCCUCCCUGGAAUGGUUGCCUGGGCAGAUUUUUGACAUGACCAUGUCUGAAGAGAGUUAUAAUAUAUACAAUGCUGUGUAUGCUGUGGCCCAGGCUCUCCAUGAGAUGCUUCUUGAGCAAACAGAAGAACAAACAAUGGGAAAUAGAAUAGGGACAGUGCCUUCCCCUGCACAGCUGCAUCCUUUUCUGAAGAACAUACAAUUUCACAAUCUUGUUGGAGCCCAAGUGGUUUUGGAUGACAGAAGGAAGGUGGAGGCAGAGUACGAUAUUGUAAACAUUUGGAGUCUUCCAGAAGGUCUUCAAUUUAAGGCAAAAAUAGGAAAAUUCAGUCCAUAUGCUCCGCAUGGUCAUCAAUUGUCUGUGUCUGAAAAUAUGAUAGAAUGGGGCCUAAGAACUACCAAGACUCCUCACUCUGUGUGCAGUGAGAGUUGUGGUACUGGAUUCAGGAAGUCCACUCAGGAGGGAAAGGCUGCCUGUUGCUUUGAUUGUACCCCUUGCUCAGAGAAUGAAAUUGCUAAUGGGACAGAUGUAGAACAGUGUGUGAAAUGUCCUGAUCAUCAGUAUGCCAACACAGAGAAAAAUCAGUGCCUCUUAAGAGCUGCAAGUUUCCUGGCUUAUGGAGAUCCCUUGGGAAUGGCUCUGGUCUGCAUGGCUCUCUGCUUGUCUACACUCACUGCUGUUGUUCUUGGGGUUUUUGUGAAGAACCAAGACACUCCCAUUGUCAAGGCUAACAACAGGGCUCUCAGCUACAUCCUGCUCAUCUCCCUCAUCUUCUGUUUCCUCUGUUCCUUGCUCUUUAUUGGUCGUCCCAAUACUCUCAGUUGUAUCUUGCAGCAGACCACAUUUGGAGUUGUGUUCACUGUGGCUGUUUCCACAGUGUUGGCCAAAACUGUGACUGUGGUUCUGGCCUUCAAGACCACUUUUCUAGGGAGAAGGAUGAGAUGGCUGCUGGUAUCAGGGGCUCCUAACUUCAUCAUCCCCAUCUGCACCCUCAUUCAGGUGAUUCUCUGUGUGCUCUGGCUGGGAAUCUCUCCUCCUUUCAUUGACAUUGAUGCACACUCUGAACAUGGCCACAUCAUCAUCCUAUGCAACAAGGGCUCCUUCAUGGGCUUCUACUGUGUCCUUGGAUACAUGAGCUCAUUAGCUCUGGCUAGCUUCACUGUAGCUUUUCUGGCCAGGAACCUGCCUGAUACCUUCAAUGAAGCCAAGUUCCUGACCUUCAGCAUGCUGGUGUUCUGCAGUGUGUGGCUCACCUUCCUGCCUGUCUACCACAGUGCCAAGGGGAAGGUCAUGGUGGCUGUGGAGGUCUUCUCCAUCUUAGCCUCUGGUGCAGGGCUCCUAGGCUGCAUUUUUGCCCCCAAGUGUUAUAUCAUCUUGUUAAGGCCAGAAAGAAAUUCUCUGCAUGCCUUCAGGGACAAUACACAUAUUAUGAGCCACAAGCUGUCUUAA